GAUAAAGACGACCGAGAUCUUUCGUAUGGUGUAAGAUAAAGAAGACACUGAUCGAAAACGGGACUUCCGGUGUCGUGGUGUCGACCGGCCGAAGGACGGCAUCACUGGAGGAACAAGGGUUUGGGUUUCGGAGCUCGCCAUAGACCGCUUCUGGAGCUCCUGCGAGCAAGAACUUCGGUGUUUCUUGCUGUCCUCUUUCGGAUCCGUUGCAUUCGAACCUCGGAUCUCCACGAUCGGCUAUGAUGCGCUUUCCCUCAGUCUCCAGCCAUGUUGUUUCGAGCUUGCAUUCCCGCCUAAUCUAGCUGAUUGGGAUGAAAUCUCCGAGCCGGUGAAAUCUCUUGGCUCCUGCUUUAUUUCGCUGGAUCGGCAGUUUUGGAUCCUCCGUCAGUUAGAAAUCAUGAAUCUGAGGGUUUGUCGUUGGGGACAUUAGAUUUCAGCACACAUAAUUUCUAAUUCUUGCCUGGCAGAUUCCGCAAUCAUGUCUGCCAUCAAAUUGGGAGCUUCAAAGCAAUACUACGCGACCAGUAGCCUUGUUGUAGGAUAUGCUCUGUGUUCUAGCUUGCUCUCCAUCAUUAACAAGUUUGCUAUCACAAAGUUCAGUUACCCUGGUCUUUUAACCGCAUUGCAAUACUUGAGCUCUGCUCUUGGUGUUUGGGUUCUUGGAAAAUUAGGGUUUCUUUACCAUGACCCCUUUACCUUUGAGACUGCCAAGAAAUUCUUGCCCGCAGCUACCAUAUUCUACCUUGCCAUAUUCACCAACACCAAUCUCCUCCGCCAUGCCAAUGUGGAUACAUUCAUUGUUUUUCGUUCCCUGACUCCCCUCCUGGUUGCCAUCGCUGACACUUUCUUUAGAAAGCAGCCAUGCCCUUCCAAGCUCACAUUCUUGUCUCUUGUAAUUAUAUUGGGGGGUGCAGUUGGGUACGUGAUGACCGAUUCAGCAUUCACACUCACUGCAUACUCUUGGGCUGUUGCUUAUCUGGUGACAAUCACGACCGAGAUGGUUUACAUUAAGCACAUGGUGAUGAACCUGGGGCUGAACACAUGGGGUUUUGUACUCUACAAUAAUCUUCUGUCCUUGAUGAUGGCUCCGGUGUUUUUGUUUUUGACGGGGGAGUAUGUUGAUGUCUUCAUGGCUGUCAGAUCAAGUUCUGAGACUUGGUUUCAUUUUACUGCAUUUUUUGCAGUUUCUUUGUCUUGUGUUUUCGGAUUGCUCAUCAGUUUCUUUGGUUUUGCGGCAAGGAAAGCAAUCUCAGCCACAGCGUUUACGGUGACAGGUGUUGUCAAUAAAUUUCUCACAGUUGCUAUCAAUGUAUUGAUCUGGGAUAAGCAUGCAAGUCCAGUUGGUUUGAUUUGCUUGCUUUUUACCCUUGUGGGGGGAGUUCUUUAUCAACAAUCAGUUACCAGCGGGGGAGGCCCUUCAUCACAGCAUGACUCCGCUGCUUCUAAGCAGGCAAAUAGUAGGGUUGGGAGCAGUGAUUCUGAGGAUGGGAACCGAGGCUUAGUUGUAUCUGGUAAGGAUUCCAAUGUAUGAAUUGCACUUAAUGUUUAUUCUUAUUGUCUGGGAGGCAGAUAUAUGAUGUGGAAAGAUUAGUUGCAUCACGAUAUUCCAUACAACCUUUUAAUAUUGCUGUUGUAUCAGAAAAUCUAAGCUAGUGUUGCUUUUAUUAUGAAAACAAGCGAGCUGUAUUCUUUGGUUUUGCCAAUUUCUUGAUACAUUCUACUCUACUCUUCUCUCUUUUUUUUUCUAAUGGAAUCUUGAUAAUCGUAUACAGCA